UGAGGAGGAGAGCCCUGCAGAGACCUCCCACGCAGUCGUGGUGAGCGAGGCCGUGAUGACGGAGGAGGCUCUGAAGGACCAGAACAACCAGUACAUCGUGUCGUCCGGCGUUGCGGGGAGCCAGUUCCAUCCCGUGGAGGUAAGGAGCUGAGCUCUCCCCACCCCAGGCCGCGGGGCCCCUGGCCGCGCCUGCCGGUGUCAAGUGGCCCCUGGUGCAGUGUGUCACCAGGCAGCUCCAGAAGGACUCGUCCUUGUCCCCAGCCUCUGAGGGGCAGGAAGUCUCAUCCCCAAAGGUUAAGUGGCCCGCGUUCCAAGGAGUGGCCAAGAAGCUCUCAUGCAAAGUUUCUACAGCCAAGAAGCUCUCGUGCAAGAUUUCCACAGCCAAAAAGUUUUCAUGCAAGAUUUGCACAGCCAUGUUCACAGGGAGAGCAGAAAUGGAGAGUCACAAGAGAGCCACAUUGGGCCCAGCACCUUCAAGUGUCCUGACUGUCCCUUCACUGCAGCCCUCUGGCCGGAGGUUCGGAGCCACAUGGUCCAGCACGCCAGCCUCCGGCCACACAAGUGCACCCACUGCAGCUUCGCCUCCAAGAACAAGAAGGACCUGCGCAGGCACAUGCUGACGCACACCAACGAGAAGCCCUUUGCCUGCCAGAUCUGUGGGCAGAGGUUCAACCGUAACGGGCACCUCAAGUUCCACAUGCAGCGUUUGCACAGCUCGGAGGGGAAGCAGCCGGGGCCGCUUUUUUUGUUCCGCGUGUGGGGGGGACGGCAGCCGGGCCCGCUGGCGGCUGCCGCACCACAGACCAUCAUCCUGAACAGCGACGAGGACACGCUGGCCACCCUGCAGA